UUUGGCAAUCGGGACUUUCGUAGCGGCCGUCGCCGAGCAGCCGACUCUGCUCGUCAGUCUAGAGAGUAAUAUCGACACGAAAAGGACCUGUUUGAGUUACCCGGUCACAUAGACAAAGAAAUCGAAAUACUACACAAAUAAUUGCAUCAAUCUCUGUUUGGACGCUACAGUCGUUGCGUUAACCGGCAAAAUGGCUGAAGCGGAAGGUGGCUCCGAGCAGGAUGAUGUUUCAUUCUUGCGUACGGAAGAUAUGGUCACGCUCUCCUGCACAGCGACGGGCGAGCGUGUCUGUCUGGCCGCCGAGGGAUUUGGUAAUCGGCAUUGUUUUCUCGAAAACAUUGCCGAUAAGAAUGUGCCGCCCGAUUUGUCGCAAUGCGUCUUUGUUAUCGAACAGGCGCUGUCGGUGCGCGCGCUCCAGGAACUGGUGACUGCAGCUGGAUCAGAGACCGAUAGUCAAGUUGGCAAGGGCACAGGAUCCGGCCAUAGAACCCUGCUCUAUGGCAAUGCCAUACUCCUGAGGCAUCACAACAGCGACAUGUAUCUGGCCUGUUUGUCAACAUCGUCGUCGAACGAUAAGCUCUCCUUCGAUGUGGGUCUGCAGGAGCAUAGCCAGGGCGAGGCCUGUUGGUGGACCGUACAUCCGGCGAGCAAACAGCGCUCGGAGGGUGAAAAGGUUCGUGUGGGUGAUGAUUUGAUUUUGGUGUCGGUUGCCACCGAACGGUAUCUGCACACAACCAAGGAGAACGAGCAGUCCAUUGUGAAUGCCAGCUUCCAUGUGACCCACUGGUCCGUGCAGCCCUACGGCACCGGCAUCUCACGCAUGAAAUACGUUGGCUAUGUGUUCGGCGGCGAUGUCUUGCGUUUCUUUCAUGGCGGCGACGAGUGCCUGACCAUACCCAGCACCUGGGGCCGUGAGGCAGGUCAAAACAUUGUCAUAUACGAGGGCGGCGUGGUCAUGGCUCAGGCACGUUCUCUGUGGCGCUUGGAGUUGGCGCGCACGAAGUGGACGGGCGGCUUCAUAAACUGGUAUCAUCCCAUGCGUAUACGUCAUAUAACGACGGGACGCUAUCUGGGCGUCAACGAUAGCAACGAGCUAAUCCUCGUUAAAAAGGAGGAGGCAUCGAUUGCAACGACGACUUUCUGCCUGAGGCAAGAAAAGGACGACGAAAAGAAAGUACUCGAGGACAAAGACUUAGAAGUAAUCGGUUCGCCGAUCAUCAAAUACGGUGACACCACCGUCAUCGUGCAGCACUGCGAGUCGAGCCUGUGGCUCAGCUACAAGAGCUACGAAACGAAAAAGAAGGGCGUCGGCAAGGUGGAAGAGAAACAGGCCAUACUCCACGAGGAGGGUAAAAUGGACGAUUGCCUGGACUUCUCCCGCUCCCAGGAAGAGGAAUCGAAGACGGCGCGUGUCAUUCGAAAGUGCAGCAGCCUCUUCACACAGUUUAUAACCGCCUUAGAGACCCUGCAAUCCAAUCGUCGACAUUCAAUAUUUUUCCAAAAAGUUAAUCUCAACGAAAUGGUCAUGUGCCUGGAGGAUUUAAUCAAUUACUUUUCGCAGCCAGAAGAUGAUAUGGAACACGAGGAGAAGCAGAAUCGUUUUCGUGCCUUGCGCAAUCGCCAGGAUCUGUUCCAGGAGGAGGGCGUGCUCAAUCUCAUUUUGGAGGCCAUUGACAAAAUUAAUAUAAUUACCUCGCAAGGCUUCUUGGCCAGCUUCCUGGCCGGCGACGAGACUGGUCAGAGCUGGGAUCUAAUCUCAACUUAUCUCUACCAGCUACUGGCCGCCAUCAUCAAGGGCAAUCACACCAAUUGUGCCCAAUUUGCGAACAGCAAUCGCCUCAAUUGGCUGUUCUCCCGCCUGGGCUCGCAGGCAUCCAGCGAGGGCUCCGGCAUGCUGGAUGUGCUCCACUGUGUGCUCAUUGACUCGCCCGAGGCGCUGAACAUGAUGAGGGACGAGCACAUUAAAGUGAUUAUAUCGCUGCUCGAGAAACACGGUCGCGAUCCCAAGGUUCUCGAUGUCCUCUGCUCCCUGUGUGUGGGUAAUGGAGUCGCGGUGCGCUCCUCGCAAAACAACAUUUGUGAUUUCCUGCUGCCCGGCAAAAAUCUGUUGCUGCAGACCUUGCUGGUGGAUCAUGUGGCGAGCAUACGUCCCAACAUCUUUGUGGGACGCGUGGAUGGCUCGUCCAUGUACCAGAAGUGGUACUUUGAGGUGACCAUGGAUCACAUCGAGCAGACCACACACAUAAUGCCGCAUCUACGCAUUGGCUGGGCCAACACCUCCGGCUACGUGCCUUAUCCGGGCGGAGGCAAGAAGUGGGGCGGCAAUGGCGUCGGCGAUGACCUCUACUCGUUUGGCUUUGAUGGCGCUCAUCUGUGGACAGGAGGACGCAAGACGCUUGUAGCGGACGCUUUGCCCGAGGAGCCAUACAUACGCAAGGGCGACGUCGUUGGUGUGGCCAUUGAUCUGUCCGUGCCGGUCAUUACGUUCACCUUUAACGGCAACAAGGUGCGCGGCUGCUUCAGGGACUUCAAUCUGGACGGCAUGUUCUUCCCGGUGAUGAGUUGCUCCUCCAAGCUCAGCUGUCGCUUUCUGUUUGGCGGCGAUCACGGCCGUCUGAAGUAUGCCCCACCCGCGGGCUUCUCGGCGCUCGUACAGUGCCUGAUGCCGCAUCAGAUCCUAAGCUUGGAUCCCUGCUUUUACUUUGGCAAUCUGAGCAAAAAUGUGCUGGCCGGUCCCUGGCUCAUCGAGGACGACACAGCGUUUGUGCCGAAGCCAGUGGACACGACAGGCGUGACCCUGCCCAGCUCCGUGGAUCAGAUUAAGGAGAAGCUCGCCGAGAACAUACACGAGAUGUGGGCUCUGAACAAGAUCGACGCCGGCUGGACCUGGGGAGAGCAGCGCGACGACUACCAUCGCAUACAUCCCUGUCUCACACAGUUCGAGAAGCUGCCAGCUGCUGAGAAGCGUUACGACAAUCAACUAGCGGUCCAAACAUUGAAAACUAUCAUCUCUUUGGGCUACUAUAUAACCAUGGAUAAGCCGCCAGCACGCAUACGACCCGUGCGCCUGCCCAACGAGAUAUUUAUGCAGGCCAACGGCUACAAGCCGGCACCGCUCGACCUGAGCGCUGUGACCCUGACGCCCAAGCUGGAGGAGCUCGUCGAUCAGCUGGCCGAGAACACACACAAUCUCUGGGCACGCGAGCGCAUCCAACAGGGCUGGACCUACGGCCUAAACGAGGACUCUGAAAAUCACCGCAGUCCCCACCUGGUGCCCUAUGCCAAGGUCGAUGAGGCCAUCAAGAAAGCGAAUCGUGACACUGCCUCCGAGACAGUGCGCACCCUGCUGGUCUACGGCUAUGUGCUGGAUCCGCCCACCGGCGAAGGCACCGAAGCUCUGCUAGCCGAGGCACAACGCCUGAAGUUCGCCGCCUUUCGCACAUAUCGCGUGGAACGCAACUACGCCGUCACCUCUGGCAAAUGGUAUUUCGAAUUCGAGGUGCUGACAGCGGGUCCAAUGCGCGUGGGCUGGGCACGGGCCGAUUGCUAUCCGGGCGCCAUGUUGGGCAGCGAGGACACCAGCUGGGCGUUUGAUGGCCACAAUGUAACGAAAAUGCAUGCCGGAACGAUCGAGCACUUUGGUGUUCGCUAUGAGGCUGGUGACGUCAUUGGUUGUUUCAUCGAUGUUAAGGAGCAAACCAUCAGCUUCUCGUUGAACGGAGAACUACUUAUGGAUGCCUUGGGUGGCGAGACAACGUUCGCCGAUGUCACCGCUGAGGGCGUGGGCUUUGUGCCCGCCUGCACCUUGGGAGUGGGUCAGAAGGCGCGCUUGAUUUAUGGCCAAGAUGUGGACUCCCUCAAGUUCUUUACCACCUGCGGUCUGCAAGAGGGCUACGAGCCCUUCUGUGUCAAUAUGCAACGCCCUGUUACGCAUUGGUAUACCAAGGAUCAGCCGAUUUUUGAGAAUACCGAGGAAAUGCCCGAUUGCCGCAUUGAUGUGACGCGCAUACCUGGCGGAGCUGAUACUCCGCCCCAUUUGAAGAUCUCGCAUAAUACGUUCGAGACCAUGGAGAAGGCAAAUUGGGAAUUCCUGCGUCUCUCCCUGCCUGUCACCUGCAUGAGCGACUUCAUCAGUGAGCAGGAGAAGGCGAGACGCUGGGAGGAGAUCAAGCUACGCCAAUAUCGCUUGAUGCGCGAGGCACAAGAGGCAGCCAUCCAGAUGCAGACCCAAAAUGCUGCACACAUGGAUCACAUGCUCAAGUCCGGCUUCAAUAUGAACGACAUUAAGGGCUUGACGCGCAAUUUCGAUGAUCACACCGAGGCAGAGGCCGAGCAUAUGAUGCGCGGUCCACCACGACCACCACGCAAAGGUUCGCUCACCCGGAAUAUAACAUUUGAGACCGACAUGACGGCUGCCUUGGACGAGAUGCAGCGUUCGACCUCCGUAUUGGACAUGAAUGGCCUGGGCGAUGAUCUAGAUGACAAAAAGAAACGUGGCCGCAGUCCGUUCAAGUUCUUUUCGAAGAAGUCACGCGACCAGAGCCGUGAGAAGAAUGGCUCGAGAACCGCAGACACAUCGCUGGAGCGCAGAAACACGGUGGCCCAUGGCCGAAACGUGGUUAACCAGCAGAUGACAACAAGAACGCCAACGUUACGUCUAAAUAAUGCCGAAAUACCGCCCAGUCCAGUGCCUCAGGGACCAAAACAAUUGAGCUCCACGAAUUUGGGCCAGCCAUCAGUCGAAUCGUCUGGCAAUGAGAUGUUCGAUGCCGAGUGCCUCAAGCUGAUUAACGAAUAUUUCUAUGGUGUGCGCAUAUUCCCUGGCCAGGAUCCCACCCACGUCUACGUCGGCUGGGUUACCACCCAAUACCAUUUGCAUAGUCGCGAAUUCAAUAAGAAUAAGGUGCGACGCGCCUCGGUCUACAUUGAGGACUAUUAUGAAGUGCCCAUUGAGCGCAUCGAUCGUCAGAGCUGUUAUGUGGUGCGCGCCGACGAGCUGUUCAAUGAGGUAACCCAAGACGCCUCUGGCAAAGGUGCAUCGCAGGGUAUGUUUGUCGGUUGCUUUGUGGACACGGCGACGGGCAUAAUACGCUUCACCUGCGAGGGCAAGGAAACCUCGCAUCGCUGGAUGAUGGAACCGGACACCAAACUGUUUCCGGCCAUUUUCGUCGAAGCCACCAGCAAGGAGAUCCUGCAAAUUGAGCUGGGACGCACACCAACCACGCUCCCACUGUCGGCAGCCGUGCUGCCCACCAGUGACAAGCACAUCAAUCCCCAGUCCCCGCCUCGCUUGAAGGUGCAGUGCCUGCGUCCGCAUCAAUGGGCGCGUGUGCCCAACACCUCACUACAGGUGCAUGCGCUGAAGCUGUCCGAUAUUCGGGGCUGGUCAAUGCUCUGCGAGGAUCCUGUAUCAAUGCUGGCCCUGCACAUACCCGAAGAGGAUCGCUGCAUCGAUAUAUUGGAGCUGAUUGAGAUGGAUAAACUGCUGUCCUUCCAUGCUCACACUCUCACGCUCUACGCUGCGCUGUGUUAUCAAUCAAAUUAUCGUGCCGCGCACGCGCUCUGCCAGCAUGUCGAUCAGAAGCAACUGCUCUAUGCCAUACGCUCGGAGUAUAUGAGUGGACCACUGCGUCAGGGAUUCUAUGAUCUGCUGAUAGCGCUGCAUCUGGAAUCGCAUGCCACCACAAUGGAGGUAUGCAAAAAUGAAUAUAUUACACCGUUGGGCCCCGAGCUGAAGGAACUUUAUGCUGAGGAUGAGAUGCGUCACUCACUUCGUUCCCUUGUCACGGAGUCUGUGCGUCCGCAGUUGCGUAUGACGGAAAUCACUCCCCCUGUGAUUGCAACAUCUAGUAUGCCAAGUGUUUCCAGCGAACCGAUACCCAACAUCGAUCAGUUGUAUUCCCCGAAGUUCCCAUUAGAAGUAGUCAGAGAAUUUGUAAUGGAGGCACUCAAAGAUGCUGUGGAAAUAAAUCAAGUGCAUAACCGUGAUCCCAUCGGUUGGACCAACGAGAAUCUAUUCUUGCCACUCAUCAAGCUAACGGAUCGCCUACUGUUAGUUGGCGUCCUUACUGAUGAGGACGUACAAAAACUAUUAGUAAUGGUGGAUCCAGAAACUUGGGACCCCACUUUCGAAAGAGAGGGAAAAGAUGAGCACCGCAAGGGUUUGCUCACCAUGAAAAUGGCUGAAGGAGCCAAGCUACAAAUGUGCUACCUAUUGCAUCAUCUAUACGACACACAGCUCCGGCAUCGGGUGGAGAGCAUUAUAGCAUUCUCUCACGAUUUUGUGGGCGAUCUGCAAACCGAUCAGUUGCGCCGUUAUAUUGAGAUUAAACAAUCCGAUUUGCCAAGUGCUGUUGCGGCCAAAAAGACUAAGGAAUUCCGUUGUCCACCCAGAGAACAAAUGAAUCAGAUUCUUUGCUUCAAGAAUCUCGAAGCUGACGAUCAGGACAAUUGCACCUGUGGUCUUGAGUUGCGCAGUCGCUUAAGCGAAUUCCACGACUCUCUAAUGCAAAAGGUAUCGCUGAAUGCGCUGCAGGAGCCGGAUGGUACUGAGACAAAUGCAAUCGAAGAGAUCAAAACGGGACCCAUAACAAAGAUCUACAAUUUCAUCAAUACCGUCAAGGAGCUAGAGGAGGGACCCAAAGAAGUGGAGGAGCCUGAGAAAAAGACACCUGAAGAGGUUUUCCGCAAAGUUCUAAUCAAAACCAUCGUCAGCUGGGCUGAGGAAUCACAAAUCGAGAAUCCAAAAUUAGUUCGCGAAAUGUUCAGCUUACUGGUACGGCAAUACGAUACGGUCGGUGAGCUGGUACGUGCUCUGGAGAAGACCUACGUGAUCAACAAUCGCGCACGAGAUGAUGUGGCUGAGAUGUGGGUUGGCUUAAGCCAGAUUCGUGCAUUGCUGCCCGUACAAAUGAGCCAGGAAGAAGAGGAGCUGAUGCGUAAGCGCUUAUGGAAACUGGUAAACAAUGCCACAUUCUUCCAGCAUCCGGAUUUGAUACGCAUCUUACGUGUGCACGAAAACGUAAUGGCCGUCAUGAUGAAUACUCUAGGCCGUCGUGCGCAGGCACAAAGCGAUGCUCCCGCCCAGACCGAGGGAGCUGAGGGCGUGCCCUCAAAGGAGAAGGACACCUCGCACGAAAUGGUUGUGGCUUGUUGUCGCUUCCUAUGCUACUUUUGCCGUACCGGACGUCAGAAUCAGAAGGCCAUGUUCGAUCACUUUGACUUUUUGCUGGACAAUGCGAACAUAUUGUUAGCCAGGCCCAGUCUGCGUGGUUCCACCCCAUUGGAUGUGGCAUAUUCGAGUUUAAUGGAGAACACAGAAUUAGCUCUGGCACUUAGGGAACACUAUUUGGAGAAGAUUGCAGUUUACCUGUCCAGAUGUGGAUUGCAGAGCAAUUCUGAGCUGGUCGAGAAGGGCUAUCCCGAUUUGGGCUGGGACCCGGUCGAGGGUGAACGAUAUCUGGACUUUUUGCGCUAUUGCGUUUGGGUCAAUGGCGAGAGUGUCGAGGAGAAUGCCAACCUUGUCAUUCGUCUUCUUAUCCGUCGUCCAGAAUGUUUGGGACCGGCUCUAAGAGGAGAAGGGGAAGGUCUCUUCCGUGCAAUCGUCGAGGCCAAUCGUAUGUCGGAGCGCAUAUCGGAUCGUUGCAAAAUGCAAGACGAGGCCGAAGGCACCAUAGCUGGACUUAAUUUUACCCAUCCCCUACCAGAAGGCGACGAAGAUGAGGACUAUAUCGAUACAGGUGCCGCCAUAUUGAAUUUCUAUUGCACACUUGUUGACCUGCUGGGCAGAUGCGCCCCCGACGUGUCUGUCAUCGAGCAAGGCAAGAACGAAUCACUGAGAGCUAGAGCUAUUUUGAGAUCUCUUGUGCCACUGGAAGACCUUCAAGGUGUGCUUAGCCUAAAGUUUACACUCACCCAAACUGCUCCCGGUGAGGAGAAACCAAAAUCGGAUAUGCCAUCUGGCCUCUUACCCAAUAACAAACAGAGUAUUGUCCUCUUUUUGGAACGUGUUUACGGCAUAGAGACACAAGAUCUAUUCUAUCGGCUGCUCGAAGACGCUUUUCUCCCAGAUCUGCGUACAGCCACAAUUUUGGAUAAGAGUGAUGGCUCAGAGAGCGAUAUGGCAUUGGCCAUGAAUCGCUAUAUUGGCAACUCCAUUUUGCCACUGCUUAUCAAGCACUCAAAGUUCUAUAACGAAGCUGAGAACUAUGCAAGUCUCUUGGAUGCCACGCUGCACACGGUCUAUAGGUUAUCCAAGAACCGUAUGCUAACCAAGGGACAGCGAGAGGCAGUAUCCGAUUUUCUAGUAGCGCUGACGUCACAAAUGCAACCUGCCAUGCUCUUAAAGCUAUUGCGCAAGUUGACUGUUGAUGUAUCCAAGCUAUCCGAAUAUACGACCGUCGCACUCAGGCUGCUCACACUACACUUCGAUCGCUGCGCUAAGUACUAUGGCUCGACUCAAGGCCAAGGCUCAUAUGGAGCUUCGUCAGAUGAGGAGAAGCGUCUAACGAUGCUUCUCUUCUCAAAUAUUUUUGACUCGCUGAGCAACAUGGACUAUGACCCGGAACUGUUCGGUAAAGCAUUGCCCUGCCUAAUUGCCAUCGGCUGUGCCCUGCCACCAGACUACAGCUUAUCGAAGAAUACCGAUGAGGACUAUUAUGGCAGACAAAUGGGCGCACCAGAUCAGCCACAAUAUGUGCCAAAUCCAAUUGAUACGAACAAUGUACAUUUGGACAAUGAUUUGAAUUCGUUGGUUCAAAAGUUCAGCGAGCAUUAUCACGAUGCUUGGGCCAGUCGCCGUUUGGAGGGAGGCUGGACAUAUGGUGAAAUUCGAUCCGAUAUCGAACGCAAGCACCCACGCCUAAAGCCUUACAAUAUGCUCAGUGAAUAUGAGCGUGAACGCUACCGAGAUCCGGUGCGUGAAUGCCUCAAAGGUCUUUUGGCCAUUGGCUGGACCGUUGAGCACUCUGAAAUCGAUUUGCCACUCAAUCAUCGUGGCUCGACGCGUCGUCAAUCGAAGCCCCAAAUUCAUGAUUUUCAGAAUGAAGGCAACCCCUUCAACUAUAAUCCACAUCCUGUGGACAUGAGCAACCUGACGCUCAGCAGAGAAAUGCAAAAUAUGGCCGAACGUCUGGCCGAAAACUCUCAUGAUAUUUGGGCGAAGAAGAAGAACGAGGAGUUAAAUGGAUGCGGCGGAGUUAUACAUCCACAAUUGGUGCCCUAUGACCUGCUCACCGACAAGGAGAAGAAGAAGGAUCGCGAGCGCUCCCAAGAGUUCCUCAAAUACAUGCAGUAUCAGGGAUACAAGUUGCACAAGCCCUCGAAGGGUGGCGCUGUUGAGGAAGGCGGUGCCACACAAGCUGCCGUUGAGUUGCGCUUCUCCUAUUCACUGCUAGAGAAGCUCAUCCAAUAUCUGGACCGUGCCACCAUCAACAUGAAGCUACUGAAGCCAUCGACCACGUUCAGCCGACGCAGCUCCUUCAAGACGGCAUCGCGGGACAUCAAGUUCUUCUCAAAGGUCGUGUUGCCUCUAAUGGAGAAGUAUUUCUCGACGCAUCGCAAUUAUUUUAUCGCUAUUGCCACGGCAACGAACAACAUAGGCGCCGCAUCGCUAAAGGAGAAGGAAAUGGUUGCCUCCAUAUUCUGUAAAUUGGCUGCUCUGUUGCGCAAUCGCCUGAGCGCCUUUGGGCCUGAUGUGCGCAUCACCGUGCGCUGCCUGCAAGUACUGGUCAAGGGCAUCGAUGCCAAGACUUUGACCAAGAAUUGCCCCGAAUUCAUACGCACAUCGAUGCUGACGUUCUUCAAUCAAACUUCUGAUGAUCUGGGCAACACGAUCAUGAAUCUACAGGAUGGCAAGUACAGCCAUUUGCGUGGUACACAUCUAAAGACCUCCACGUCACUGGGCUAUGUAAAUCAGGUGGUGCUACCGGUGCUAACUGCAAUGUUUGAUCACCUGGCUGCCUGUGAUUACGGUAGUGAUCUGCUGCUCGACGAGAUUCAAGUGGCCUCAUAUAAGAUUUUAGCUGCCCUAUAUCACUUGGGCACCGAUGCGACACUGACACACGAUCGCAAAUAUUUGAAAACGGAAAUCGAGAGGCAUCGACCUGCCUUGGGCUCCUGCUUGGGCGCCUACAGCUCGUGCUUCCCAGUUGCCUAUUUGGAGCCGCAUCUCAAUAAGCACAAUCAGUACUCCUUGCUCAAUCGCAUUGCAGACCAUUCGCUGGAGGCCCAGGACAUUAUGGUCAAAAUGGAAAGCUGUAUGCCCAAUUUGGAAGCGAUCCUCAAUGAAGUGGAUCAGUUUGUUGAGUCGGAUAAGACUUAUGCCGAUGCACCGCACAUCAUCGAUGUUAUAUUGCCGCUGCUCUGCGCCUAUUUGCCAUUCUGGUGGUCCCAGGGUCCGGAUAACGUGAGUCCAACUAGUGGCAACCAUGUGACCAUGGUCACCGCGGAUCACAUGAAUUCGCUGCUGCGCAAUGUGCUCAAGAUGAUCAAGAAGAACAUUGGCAAUGAUAACGCGCCCUGGAUGACACGCAUUGCGGCCUACACCCAGCAGAUAAUCAUCAAUACAUCAGAGGAGCUGCUCAAGGAUCCAUUCCUGCCACUGGCGGAGCGUGUCAAGAAGCGUACCGAGAACAUGCUGCACAAGGAGGACAGCAUGCGAGGAUUUAUAAAAUCGGCCACAGAUGAUACUUCGCAAGUGGAGACGCAACUACAAGAGGAUUGGAAUUUGCUUGUGCGAGACAUAUACUCAUUUUAUCCGCUACUCAUCAAAUACGUGGAUCUGCAGCGCAAUCAUUGGCUAAAGGAUAACAUCCCUGAGGCCGAAGAGCUGUACAAUCAUGUUGCCGAGAUCUUCAAUAUCUGGUCAAAGAGUCAAUACUUCUUGAAGGAGGAGCAAAACUUUAUAUCGGCCAAUGAAAUUGAUAAUAUGGCUCUGAUAAUGCCAACGGCGACGCGACGAUCGGCCAUAUCCGAGGGCGUGCCGGCAGUGGGUGGCAAGGUCAAGAAGAAGAAGAAGAACAGAGACAAGAAACGUGACAAGGACAAGGAGGUGCAAGCCAGUUUAAUGGUUGCCUGUCUGAAGCGUCUACUGCCCGUAGGCCUCAAUCUAUUCGCUGGUCGCGAACAGGAGCUGGUGCAGCAUUGCAAGGAUAGAUACUUGAAGAAGAUGAACGAAUACGAUGUCAUAGAAUUCGCACGCAAUCAGUUGACAUUGCCUGACAAACUGGACCCAUCCGAUGAGAUGUCGUGGCAGCAUUACCUCUACUCGAAACUGGGCAAGACUGAGGAUCCAGUCGAUGAACAGGCCUUGGAGAAGGUGAAUGCCAAUUCGAAUGAGAAGGGUAAAGACAAGACGACAGAGACCGUUGAUCGAAUUGUGGCCAUGGCUAAGGUUCUGUUUGGCCUGCAUAUGAUCGACCAUCCACAACAGCAGAGCAAAAAUGUCUACAGGAGCGUUGUGUCAAUACAAAGGAAGCGUGCCGUAAUCGCAUGUUUCCGUCAGACAUCGCUACAUUCUCUACCCAGACAUCGUGCUUGCAAUAUUUUUGCUCGCACCUACUACGAGCAAUGGCUGCAGGAGGAGAACGUCGGCCAGGAGGUGAUGAUCGAGGAUCUGACGCAGACAUUUGAAGAGUCGGAGAAAUCUAAGAAGGAUGAAGAGGAAACGGACGGCAAGCCAGAUCCGUUGACUCAGCUGGUGACCACCUUCUGUCGUGGUGCCAUGACAGAACGCAGUGGCGCACUUCAGGAGGAUUUACUGUACAUGUCCUAUGCACAAAUCGCAGCCAAGUCUUGCGGCGAAGAGGAAGAGGAAGGUGGUGACGAGGGCGAAGGGGGCGAGGGCGGCGAAGAGGGCGAAGGCACAAGUAUUCAUUGCCGCAUGUCAAAACUAAUGGAACAAGAAAUGGAGAAACAGAAGCUACUGUUCCAUCAAGCGCGUCUGUCGAAUCGUGGCGUUGCCGAAAUGGUGCUGUUGCACAUAUCCGCCUCCAAAGGUAUACCUUCGGAGAUGGUCAUGACGACACUCAAUUUGGGCAUCGCCAUACUGCGUGGCGGCAACAUCGACAUUCAAAUGGGUAUGUUGAAUCACUUGAAGGAGAAGAAGGAUGUGGGCUUCUUCACUUCCAUAGCCGGGCUGAUGAACUCGUGCAGUGUGCUCGAUCUGGAUGCAUUCGAGCGCAACACAAAGGCCGAGGAGUAUAUUCCAAGUGCGGGUGCAGGUCUUGGUGUCGGCUCGGAAGGCGCUGCGGGUGAGAAGAAUAUGCACGAUGCGGAGUUCACGUGUGCUCUAUUCCGAUUCAUUCAGCUAACCUGCGAGGGUCACAACUUGGAAUGGCAAAACUAUUUACGUACCCAGGCGGGCAAUACGACUACGGUGAAUGUGGUCAUCUGUACGGUGGAUUAUUUGCUGCGUCUGCAGGAAUCGAUUAUGGACUUCUAUUGGCACUACUCCAGCAAGGAGAUCAUUGACCCAGCUGGCAAGGCGAACUUCUUUAAAGCCAUCGGCGUGGCUAGCCAAGUGUUCAAUACCCUCACUGAGGUCAUCCAGGGUCCGUGUACCUUGAAUCAGCAAGCCUUGGCCCAUUCCAGAUUGUGGGAUGCGGUCGGCGGCUUUCUAUUUCUAUUUUCGCAUAUGCAAGACAAACUCUCGAAGCAUUCGAGUCAGGUGGAUCUGCUAAAGGAGCUGCUCAAUCUACAAAAGGAUAUGAUCACCAUGAUGUUGUCCAUGCUGGAAGGCAAUGUUGUGAAUGGCACAAUUGGCAAGCAGAUGGUGGACACCCUUGUUGAGUCGGCUAGCAAUGUUGAGCUGAUUCUCAAGUAUUUCGAUAUGUUCCUGAAAUUGGCCGACUUGAUUGAGUCGCCCAGUUUCCAUGAGAUUGAUAUGAAGAACGAGGGCUGGGUAAUACCCAAGGAUUUCAGAGACAAAAUGGAGCAGUCCAAGAACUACACACCGGAGGAAAUGGAUUUCCUUUUGGCCUGCUGUGAACGCAAUCACGAAGGCAAAAUAGAUUAUAGAGCCUUUGUCGAACGUUUCCACGAGCCAUCAAAGGAGAUCGGUUUCAACCUGGCUGUGCUGCUGACCAAUCUCAGUGAACACAUGCCCAAUGAGCCGCGCCUGGCGCGCUUCCUGGAGACCGCUGGCUCUGUGCUGAACUAUUUCGAGCCGUUCCUGGGUCGCAUCGAAAUCUUGGGCAGCUCGAAGCGUAUUGAGCGUGUUUACUUUGAGAUCAAGGACUCGAACAUCGAGCAAUGGGAGAAGCCACAGAUUCGCGAAUCGAAACGCGCCUUCUUCUACUCGAUUGUCACGGAGGGCGGCGACAAGGAAAAGCUGGAAGCAUUUGUUAACUUCUGUGAGGAUGCGAUCUUUGAGAUGACCCACGCCUCUGGCCUGAUGGCCACGGACGAUGGCGGCGGCAAUGUGAAACGGGAUACGGCCUACAGUUCCUACAUGAGCGAAGAGGAGGAAGAGCGCGCCGCUCGCGAUCCGAUUAGACGCACAAUAACUGCUGUCAAGGAUGGCCUGAAGUUCGGAGUUCACAUGCUAAGUCCCUCAAACAUCAAGCACCAAAUUGGAGUUAUGCAAACAAAAUCGAUACCUGAACUGAUUGUUGGAUUCUUUAAGAUAAUCUUCUAUAUGUUCUACUACACGGGUUACGCCCACUACUGUGUGGUGCGCUAUAUCUUUGGCAUACUGUUGAAUCUGAUGCGUGGUCCCGCACCCGAGCAGGAGGAUGAAGUGGCUGUAGUUGAGGAGGAGACAUUUGGACGUGCGCUGCCGCCGUUGCCGCUGGAGGAGCCACCGGGCCCGGUUCAAGCAUUCGGCUUGGACAUAAACAAAGAGGAAAACGGCGUGUACAAGGUGGUGGUCCACGAGUCGCCAGCCAGCUCAUCUGUGGAGGAGGGCGGUGAGUCUAGCCCAGAAGAUGGCGCAGCUCCAACCGGAGAACUAGUCGAAGGCGAACUGCAUCAGGAACCCAUUUCAAUUGUCGAUAUGCUCGGUGGUGAGGCGGCUAAGAAGGCAGCUCAGGAGCGUCAGGAGGCGCAGAAGGCCCAAGAGGCAGCCAUGGCAUCCAUUGAAGCGGAGGCCAAGAAGUCAUCGGCAGCACCACAAGAGACACCAGCGGUGCACCAGAUCGACUUCUCGCAGUACACGCACCGCGCCGUCAGCUUCUUGGCUCGCAACUUUUACAAUUUGAAAUAUGUGGCGCUCGUCUUGGCUUUCAGCAUUAACUUUAUGUUGCUCUUCUACAAGGUGACCUCAUUCAACGAGGAAUCAGAAGGAUCGGCCGAAGAGGAGCUUAUUCUGGGCUCUGGCUCGGGUGCUGGUGCUGACAUGGCUGGCUCUGGUCUGGGUGGCUCGGGCGAUGGGUCGGGCGAUGGCGAUUUCGAAGACGAUGACAUACCGGAACUGGUGCACGUGGAUGAGGACUUCUUCUAUAUGGAGCAUGUGCUGCGCAUUGCCGCACUGCUCCACUCCCUAGUAUCGCUGGCCAUGCUCAUCGCUUACUAUCAUCUAAAGGUGCCGCUGGCCAUAUUCAAGCGAGAAAAGGAAAUUGCACGUCGUCUGGAAUUCGAUGGUCUCUUCAUAGCCGAGCAGCCGGAGGAUGAUGACUUCAAGUCCCACUGGGAUAAGCUGGUCAUAUCGGCCAAGAGUUUCCCUGUCAAUUACUGGGAUAAAUUUGUCAAGAAGAAGGUCAGGCAAAAGUACAGUGAGACCUACGACUUUGACUCAAUCUCGAAUCUGCUGGGCAUGGAGAAGAGCGCCUUUACGGCACAGGAGAGCGAGGAGACGGGCAUUCUGCGCUACAUCAUGAACAUCGAUUGGCGCUAUCAGGUGUGGAAGGCUGGAGUCACCUUUACGGACAACUCCUUCCUCUACUCACUGUGGUACUUCAGCUUCUCGGUGAUGGGCAACUUUAACAACUUCUUCUUUGCCGCCCAUUUGCUGGAUGUGGCCGUUGGCUUUAAGACACUGCGCACGAUUCUGCAGUCCGUAACCCACAAUGGCAAACAGCUCGUUCUGACCGUGAUGCUCCUGACGAUUAUCGUUUAUAUAUACACGGUGAUUGCGUUCAACUUCUUCCGCAAGUUCUACAUACAGGAGGAGGAUGAGGAGGUGGACAAGAAGUGCCAUGACAUGUUGACCUGUUUCGUCUUCCAUUUGUACAAGGGCGUUAGAGCAGGCGGUGGCAUUGGCGACGAAAUCGGGGAUCCGGAUGGAGAUGAUUAUGAGGUCUAUCGCAUCAUCUUCGACAUCACAUUCUUCUUCUUCGUCAUUGUCAUCCUGUUGGCCAUCAUCCAGGGUUUGAUUAUCGACGCUUUCGGCGAGCUGCGUGAUCAAUUGGAAUCGGUCAAGGAUAAUAUGGAAUCGAAUUGCUUUAUUUGUGGCAUGGGUAAGGACUUCUUUGAUAUAGUCCCGCAUGGCUUCGAUACGCACGUGCAGAAGGAGCACAAUCUGGCCAACUAUAUGUUCUUCCUGAUGCAUUUGAUCAAUAAACCGGAUACCGAGUACACCGGCCAGGAGACGUACGUGUGGAAUAUGUAUCAACAGCGCAGCUGGGACUUCUUCCCAGUGGGCGACUGCUUCCGCAAGCAGUACGAGGACGAACUCUCUGGCGGCGGCGGUGGCGGAGGCUGAGCUCUUGGGCUCCACUUAGUCGCGUUUUUACUACAAUUUCUAUGAUGAUCGUUAAUAUCUCUAUUAUAAUAUUGAUAUAUGUUUGAAUUCUCUCAAUAAUAAAUCAUAUUCUAAUUAAUUUAAGUAUAUAUUUUACAUACAAUACGGAUGCUUGACCAAAUAAAUCGAUUCAUUUUUA